AAAGUUAAAAGAAGUAGUGGAAGCUAGAUUUGUUGUGGCUCCAUCAAAGACUCUUUGCUCUGUUAAAAAAAGGGAGAGAGGGAGAGAGAAAGAGGCAUAUAUCAUGAUCUCAUGUCCAGAAGGUUCAACUUGUUAUCUUUUCUCUGGUCUUUUCAGACUCAUUGAUAAGGCAAAGCAAGAUUGAUCAGUUAGUUCAUUGGCGUGUUGUUUUUAGAGAUUUUUUUUUUUUCAAGGGUUUGGCUGCUUCUUUUCUCGGCUCUUCUGGGUUCAGAUCUGCAAGUUCUUUUCGGAAGGAAAGGAAAGAAAUCUGUUAUCUUGAUCGAAGAUUGGCUGAUAACUGAAGGAGUUAAGCUGGGUUUAUAGUAUUCGGUGCAAAUACAGGAAAAGGAAAAACCCAGAUGGAUUUACCGGAGAUAAGUUCACGUUUCUGCUGAAACCUGAAUUUCUAUUGUUCAUGUUCUUUGUUCAUUCAUUCAUUCAUUCAUUCAUUAUGUAGAAAAUCAGAUUUGAAGAUUGGCAUGGUAGAUUAGAUAGAGAUUUUCCUCAUCUGGGUUUUUGGAGAACUUCGUAUUUAAGUUUGUUAAAAAGGAAAAUUCCAGUUAGUGGAGAUAAAGUUGUUUGACUGAUUCAUAAGUUGAGUUUUCUUACAUAUGCCUUUUUCUUGAACUUUAAUUGGUUCGACGUAAGGUUUUCUUUUUCUACCAUUUUUUCCUUUCAGUAGUCAUAGAGAAAACCCCAACUUGUGGCUUAACUUCUUCCUAAGAAGCCCUAAGGAUGGGGGUUUUGGGUCUGAUUUGUCUGGUCUGCAUUUCUAUUUUGGUUCGAACUGGAGAAGCUGAGAAGAAAUCGUUUCUGAUAGAUUGUGGUACGAAUUCCACAAUCAAUGUCAAUGGUAGGUCAUGGGUCGGUGAUAUGGUCCCCGAUAACAACGUCACCCUCGGUUCUCCAGGGAUUGCAGCUUUGAAUGACACAGCCUCUGAAAGUUCAAUCUAUGACAAAUUGUAUAAGUCUGCACGGGUAUUCCCUGAAAAUUCCAAUUAUACAAUUCCGGUGGAUCCCGGCAACUAUUUUUUUAGGCUCCAUUUCCAUCCGUUCUCUUUUGAGAACUACAAUAUGAGUGAGUCUUUGUUCGAUGUUACAGCAAACAGUCUAAAGCUAUUGUCUGAGUUCAGUGUCAUAGGGGAAAUUUCAUGGAGGAAGCCGAAUUCAUUAUCCUUGGUGAAAGAAUACUUCUUUAAUGUCAUUUCAAAUGAGAUUGUUAUCAGGUUCACACCCACCAAAGGAUCAUUUGCUUUCGUCAAUGCAAUUGAAGUUAUUCCGGUUACCAACAAACUGUUUGAGGACUCUGUAAGUAAAGUAGGUGGAAAUGGAGCAAAAAGCAGCUUGAAUUUGGUUGGAUUGGGGAUUGAAACCAUGUAUAGAUUGAAUGUUGGAGGUCCUGAGCUUUUACCUAACCAGGAUCAGAAUCUUUCUAGAAGCUGGGCACAAGACUUCAACUACAUGUUCAUUCCAAUGGAUGGGUCUGAAAUGAGAAACAAAUCAACCAUUUCUUAUUCAUCCACAAAUGAUUCUUUGAUUGCACCUCUUCAAGUGUAUGAAACAGCAAGAUCCAUGGUCAAUGCUGAAGUCCUGGAGAAGAGGAUCAACAUGUCAUGGAAAUUUGAUGUGGAUCCUAACUUUGAUUAUUUAAUCCGCUUACAUUUCUGUGAACUUCAGUAUGACAAGGCAAACCAGCGGAUCUUCAGGAUCUACAUAAACAACAGUACUGCAGCACAGAACUUUGAUGUAUUUGUUCGUGCAAGGGGAAUGAAUAAGGCAUAUCAUCAGGAUUACCUUGAAACGUUGUCCUCACAGAUCAAAAGCCUUUGGAUUCAACUGGGACCUGAGACAGCUGCAGGUGCUGCAGGGACUGAUGCACUCCUGAAUGGAUUGGAGAUUUUCAAGCUUAGUAGAAAUGGGAAUCUUGCUUAUGUAUCAGAGAGAUCUGGUCCAAGUGGGAGUGCAGGGAAAGGCAAAACUACAACAAGUUGGAUUCUUUGGUUAGGUAUUGGAGCAGGUGUAGCUUCAACAGCUUUUCUUGCAGCUUUAUGUACCCUAUUCUUCUGUUUGUGCAAGCGGAGGAGAAAAAUGUGUCGUACUAAAACCAAUCCUUCUGGAUGGCGCCCACUUUCCCUCCAUGGUAGCAUUGUAAACAGCACUACUGAUGCCAAGGGAUCCAAAUUAUUAGGGGGUAAUCCGAAUCUAAAUGGAUCCAUGGUUUCUAUUAGAACUGGCAGGCGGUUCACACUGGCAGAGAUACGAACUGCAACAAAUAAUUUUGAUGAAUCAUUGGUAAUUGGAGUUGGAGGGUUUGGGAAGGUUUACAAGGGUGAAAUUGAUGAUGGUAUCCUGGCAGCAAUCAAGCGGGCCAAUCCACAAUCUGAGCAGGGCCUGGCAGAAUUUGAGACAGAGAUUGAAAUGCUAUCAAAACUCAGGCAUAGGCACCUGGUUUCCAUGAUUGGAUUCUGUGAUGAACACAAUGAAAUGAUCUUGGUGUAUGAGUAUAUGGCAAAUGGAACCCUUAGGAGUCAUCUCUUUGGAAGUGAUCUCCCACCAUUAACAUGGAAGCAGCGACUGGAAGUGUGCAUUGGUGCUGCUCGUGGACUUCAUUACCUUCACACAGGGGCAGAAAGGAGUAUAAUCCACAGGGACGUUAAAACAACCAACAUACUGUUGGAUGAUAACUUUGUUGCAAAGAUGGCUGACUUUGGGUUGUCGAAAACAGGUCCUUCCUUAGAACAUACCCAUGUUAGCACUGCAGUAAAAGGAAGCUUUGGGUACCUUGAUCCUGAAUACUUUCGAAGACAACAAUUGACUGAAAAGUCUGAUGUUUAUUCCUUUGGUGUAGUGCUGUUUGAAGUUGUCUGUGCACGUCCAGUUAUCAAUCCAAGCUUGCCAAAAGACCAGAUCAAUCUUGCAGAAUGGGCACUCCACUGGCAAAAGCAACGAUCACUUGAGACCAUUGUGGAUCCACGACUUGAAGGGAAUUACUCCCCAGAAUCAUUAAAGAAAUUUGGGGAGAUUGCAGAGAAAUGCCUUGCUGAUGAAGGGAAGAACCGCCCCACGAUGGGAGAUGUCUUGUGGAACUUGGAGUAUGUCUUGCAACUGCAUGAAGCUUCAAUGCGCAGAAAAGUUAGUAAUGACUCAUUUUCAAGCUGUAGUGUUCCUGGUCCUGGGACUCUAGAGGAGGGAGAGGAGGUAGUGCGAGAACCCAGCAAGUCAAUGUGAAACCACCUGAAAUGGAGAACUAUCGACCAGACAAAUCAGCAGAUUGGGUUGUUAGGUCAGAAUUGAAUUCUGGCAGCUUGUUCAUCAACAAGGCAGAUGAAGACCAGGGAUAGUUUUGGUUGCAGUCAUUCAGAGGUCUACGUUCUCUUGAGUUAGUUCUACUUAAAUCCAUAGAAACCAUCAAGAUCUUACUGUAUAAAUCUAUUACCUACUAGAGAGAGAGAUUUGAGAAGAAACUUUGAUGGUGCAAAAUUUGUUAUCUAUGUUGUUAUUCAUUUGUUUGUACUCCUAUUUGUUGAGGUCCUUCCCUAUCAAGGUCUCAUUGAUAACAGUUGGAUAUUGUAUCAGUGGUUCAAUGUUUCGGGCAACUAAAAAAAUAUACAGUGUUCUGCUUGUUUCUAUGGAUCAUGAACGAUUUCUGUGGA